AGCCGCAGCGUUAUCGGGAGUUGAGCAUUACCACAGCCCGGCUGCACGGCUGCACGGAACCUGCCGCGUCCCCGUAACGCGAAACAACUCGUAGGAGAACCAGCUGAAUGAUGCUUUCUGCUUUUUCUGGAGCCCGAUUCUGAAUACUGAGGAUUUACAAAACGUCGUUUGAUGGCGGACCUUGGCUGAAAAAGGAUAUCGUGUGGAAUAUCACCGCUGGGUUGAUAAUUGAUCGCAGAACUUUAUUUUAAAAAAGGUUGAAGACAAGUUGAAGAAGACGCAGAAGACAAUGAUCGCUGGCUUUUGACCGCACCUUGAACACAGACGCCUCAGCGACUCUCCCUCCUGUCGUAUCUCAUUCGGACCAUCAUCAUGAAAAAAACUUUUGGCCUGUCGCUGCAUCUCCUUCUGCUACUUCUACAUCUUUGCUCAGGCAUCAAAUGGCUGGCCCUGUCACGGACGCCCCCUACACUGCACGUGAACCAAACCCAACACUGCAAGAGGCUGGAGGGCCUGGUGUCCUCACAGGUGCAGCUCUGCCGGAGCAACCUGGAGCUCAUGCACACCAUCAUCCAGGCAGCACGUGAAGUCAAAAAGACGUGCCAAAAGACCUUUUCCGAUAUGCGCUGGAACUGCUCCUCCAUCGAGAACGGGCCCAACUACCUGCCGGACCUGGAGAGAGGCACGAGGGAGUCAGCGUUCGUGUACGCUCUGUCGGCCGCCGCCAUCAGCCACACCAUCGCACGGGCCUGCACGUCAGGGGACCUGCGGCUGUGCUCCUGCGGACCCAUCCCGGGGGAGAUCCCCGAGCCGGGUUACCGAUGGGGCGGCUGUGCUGACAACCUGCACUACGGCCUGGUCAUGGGCUCCAAGUUCUCGGACGCCCCCAUGAAGAUGAAGAAGUCCGGGUCUCACGCCAACAAGCUGAUGCACCUGCACAACAGUGAAGUGGGCCGACAGGCUCUGCGAGCCGCCAUGGAGUUGAAGUGCAAGUGCCAUGGGGUAUCAGGCUCUUGCUCCAUCAGAACCUGCUGGAGAGGCCUGCAGGACCUGAAGGACAUCGCCAUGGACCUGAAGACGAAAUACCUGUCGGCCACCAAGGUGGUGCAUCGGCCCAUGGGCACGCGCAAGCAGCUUGUCCCCAAGGACAUUGACAUCCGGCCAGUCAGGGAGAACGAGCUGGUUUACCUGCAGAGCUCGCCGGACUUCUGCACCAAGAAUGACAAACUUGGCUCCAUUGGCACUCAGGACAGGCAGUGUAACAAGACCUCCAACGGCAGCGACAGCUGCGACCUGAUGUGCUGCGGCCGAGGCUACAACCCCUACACAGAGAAGCUGGUGGAGAGGUGCCACUGCAAGUACCACUGGUGCUGCUACGUGACGUGCAAGAAAUGCGAGAGGACUGUGGAGAGAUACGUGUGCAAGUGAGAAAGUUCGGGGCCGGGCCUGGCCUCUCACAGAUAACCAAAGCACUAUGUACCGAGAAGGCUUAUUUUUGUCUUAAGCUACAGCGUGUAUAUUUUGACCAGAACAAUUUAUUUUUUGUGUUUAUUAUAAUUUUUUUUUUGAAAAUGAAAACCGGUUUUGGACUUUUAAAAUUUUUUUUGCAGAAUGUCGACAUGGGUGUCGUGGCCCCGAUGGUCCGUUACUGUGGCAACCACUCUUUUUUUUUUUUUCUUCCGCAAACGUGCACACCUUUGCCACAUUUGGAUAUCAAGAGCCUAUUUUUGUAUGUGUUUAUUACUGAAAUUAUACCGGCUGGGUUUUUAUUUGAGGAAACCACCUUGGUUUCUUUCCAGUCGGACUCUCCUUUGUAACUGUGGACUAACACUGACUUAAACUCAUGCUGCAGAACCAAUCCAAGGAACUCUUAAAGGUUCUGAAACCUGCUGCAUUAUCCAAGGUACUCUUACAGAAAAGGAGUGAAAGAACACGUCAAAUAUGUAAAAGGAUCUUGUGUAGUUUGUGUCACACGUCUGGAUGGACAUUUGUUCUACACUGUUGCAAACUAGGAGAUAACUUUUUUGGUCCCCCAGAAAGGACAAUAAAAAUGUUUGCAUUGUAAAAUAUUUCCAUAAAAUAAUGAAUGAUGUCAAAGCUAACACUUUAGAGCAUGUGAACUCAAAUCACGAGGGGGGGGGGGGUUCCCAUGACAUUGUGCUAUGAAACCACUUUUGCGUGGAUGUACAUAUUGUCUUUUGUAUGCUGAAUUUAAAGAAAUAUUUAUGAAUUAAAGAAUCUUUACCAACUCUA